UUUGACAGUGGCUGCGGCAGCAUCUUGAAACUUCUUUUCUCUAAUUUUAUUUGAUUUACUUUGCGAAUUGAAUUAUUCCAUUUUUCCGGCGAACUUAAAUUAUAAAAUAAAUAUUACACUUUUCCAUUAAAAUUAGUUAAGCCAUAAAAAUACAAAAUGCUGAAAAUGAAAUUAGAAGCUUUGGAACAUCCAAAUCCAGAUUCUGUUGAUGUUAAAAAUCGAAAAGUAUUUGCGAGCACAGUUCUAUGGUUGGAGGACCAAAAAAUCCGACAAUAUAAAAUAGAAGAUCGCGUUGGUUUGCGUAAAGUGGACAACAUACCGGAAUGGGAAAAAGCAUAUCAGCGAUACAAGACUGAUGUUGGCAUUCCCAAAUUUGACUCGCCAAUGGAAGAGCUAUCGUGGCUUCUUAGUUAUGCCGUUCGACUUGAAUUCUUGGAUGCCCCAGAAAAUUACCAGGACAUCAACUCAAAGAAUAUACAAGAACGUGAUAGCAAAUCAGUUGCGCCGAGUAUAAAAGCCGAAAAUUCAUUGGAUAACAUCGAUUUUCAACAUAAAGAUUUUGUGAUUGGAGUUCGUGCAAUGGCUAAAAAACUUCAAAUAGCCCAUCAUCCCGAUCAUUUGGUUCAGCUAGAAGCUAUUGUCCGAGUUGUACAUGAUCGACUUGCUCCGGAAGCAAGAAAAAAACAGCCAAUUACAGGAAAACCAUUUCCAUUCUCUCAAGGUAAUGACAAAGUCGCGGACGAUCCUGCAUUAGAUUAUCCUGUUCGUGUUCUUCGAUUGCUUCAAAUACAAAGCUUACGUCAGCUACAAACAUUAAUUAAUGAGACUAUUGUGUGCGUUCAAGAUUUGACUGCUAAUCCCAAGACCGAUACAAAAUUGGGCAAAGUUGGAUUUUAAGAAUAAGCUAUUUGUAAUUAUACAAUAAACUUCUGUUUUAAGUACUGAAAUAUAAGAAUAGUUUGUGCAUGAAUUAUGUCAAUAAACUGAAAAAACCUCACAAUA